GGACAAGAGUCGCGAGGAGGCGCUUCACUCCGUUGGUUGCCAUUAGCGGGUCAGAGGUCAUUUAACCCAGGAAGUAAGACAAAGGCACUCGGAGACCUCGUGAAAAACGUUUUGCAGAUUUACGAAACAAACGUACAGUUAGGUCGGACAAUCCAUUAUGAAGUGGAAUUCGUUCCCUAUGUCAUUAUGGCAUGUGGGACGAAGUCUAUCAUUGGCUGGUGUGUUGCAGUGUCGGCCCUUUUCAAUUUGUAAGCCCGCAAGGAUGCCGAUCGUUCACAUCAAAACCAACCUGACUCAGGACCAGAUCAGCGACGACUUCAUCAAGGACACGGUCAAGAUGGUGUCAGGGCAGGUUGGCAAGGCAGAGUCGAGAGUGGUGGUCCACGUGGAUGCAGGGCAGAGGAUGUACUUGGCUGGCUUCGAUCCGUUCCUGCUGUUUGAGAUCUCUGACAUCGGCACGCUGGAGCAGGAAGCCGACAGGGAGAAGUACACAAAGGCGUUCUUCGACUUCCGAGUGUCACAGAAACUGCCGGUCAAGUACGAGAGGAUCGAAGUGGUUUUCCACCGCCUACCAGCUAACGAAGUCGGACAGAAAGGCACGCUGAGGUCCAACAUCGUGAUCUGAUUCAGACAGAACUUCACUGCUUACUUUUGGUUUGGGGGGGAAAUAGUAACCACAUACACUCAUACCUGAGUUUCAAAAUGAUAGGCGUCAUAUUGUGCACAAUUAAACCUUGGGCAGGUGCUAAUUUUCCAUGUCGUAAACGUUAUUUGCUUUAAACGUGUUGUAGUAUAUACAGCACGCUCCAUCACCGUUAGAUCACAUAAGUUUAGUAACGCUAAGUCUUCUAUAUUUUCAAACUAACCUGAUAAGCCUAUUGACUUUCCGGCUUCGGAGCCAAACUUGCCACUUUUCUAGAGUAGCUACAACGUUGAGUUAAAAGUUGAGAGUAGCUUUGAUUUACUAAAACAUGAUACAUGCAAAAUGGCGGUGUAUGUAUGUUGGUGUAUGAGACAAGUUAGUUAUUUCUGAUAAUUCUACGAUUAAAGUAUGUAUGGAAACUUCA